AUGGCCAAUGAGAACUCUCCUCUGCUGGCCUACCGGCUCCUGGGGGAGGAGGGGGUUUCCUUCCCUGCCAGUGGGGCCGGGGGUCCUGGAGGGGCGUCUGCCCGGAAGCUCUCCACCUUCCUGGGUGUGGUGGUACCCACGGUCCUGUCCAUGUUCAGUAUAGUUGUCUUCUUGAGGAUUGGGUUCGUGGUGGGCCAUGCUGGGCUGCUGCAGGCUUUGGCCAUGCUCCUGGUUGCCUACUUCAUCCUGGCACUCACUGUCCUCUCCGUCUGUGCCAUCGCUACCAAUGGAGCUGUGCGAGGGGGCGGAGCCUACUUCAUGAUCAGUCGCACCCUGGGGCCUGAGGUCGGGGGCAGCAUCGGCCUCAUGUUCUACCUGGCUAACGUCUGUGGCUGUGCUGUCUCUCUGUUGGGGCUGGUGGAGGCCAUGCUUGAUGUCUUCGGGGCUGAUGCCAAGGGGUCCAGCGGGCUCCGCGUCCUACCACAGGGCUACGGCUGGAACCUGCUCUACGGCUCCUUGCUGCUGGGCCUGGUGGGCGGGGUCUGUACCCUGGGGGCUGGCCUCUACGCCCGCGCCUCCUUCCUCACAUCUGGCUACGCCAAGGACUACACCACGGGGGCCACGAUGACCUUUGCUAGCGUCUUUGCCGUCCUUUUUAACGGCUGCACAGGCAUCAUGGCUGGGGCCAACAUGUCAGGGGAGCUGAAGGAUCCCAGCCGGGCCAUUCCUCUGGGCACGAUUGUUGCCGUCGCCUAUACUUUCUUCAUCUACAUCCUGCUUUUCUUCCUCUCCAGCUUCACCUGUGACAGGAUCCUGUUGCAGGAGGACUAUGGGUUCUUCCAAGCCAUCAGCCUGUGGCCCCCACUGGUGCUGACCGGUAUCUAUGCCACAUCGCUCUCAGCCUCCAUGAGCUCCCUCAUCGGCGCCUCCCGCAUCCUCUACGCCCUGGCCCAGGACAACCUCUUUGGAGUGAUCCUGGCGCCAGCUAAGGUUAUAUCCCAAGGGGGGAACCCCUGGGGAGCCGUGCUGUAUUCAUGGGGCCUAGUGCAGCUGGUGCUCCUGGCUGGGAAGCUGAACACGCUGGCCGCUGUGGUCACUGUCUUCUACUUGGUGGCCUAUGCUGCCGUGGACCUGUCCUGCCUGAGCCUCGAGUGGGCCUCGGCCCCCAACUUCCGCCCCGCCUUCAGCCUCUUCUCCUGGCACACGUGCUUGCUGGGGGUGGCCUCCUGCCUGCUCAUGAUGUUCCUCAUCAGCCCCGGGGCCGCUGGCGGCUCCCUGCUUCUCAUGGGCCUGCUUUCUGCCCUGCUCACAGCUCGAGGAGGCCCCAGCAGCUGGGGUUACGUCAGCCAGGCCCUGCUUUUCCAUCAGGUGCGAAAGUACCUGCUCCGGCUGGACGUCCGGAAGGACCACGUGAAGUUCUGGCGGCCGCAGCUGCUGCUGCUGGUGGGGAACCCCCGGGGCGCGCUGCCGCUGCUGCGGUUGGCCAACCAGCUCAAGAAAGGGGGCCUCUACGUGCUGGGCCAUGUCACCCUGGGAGACCUCGACUCCCUGCCCUCGGACCCCGUGCAGCCGCAGUACGGGGCGUGGCUGAGCCUGGUGGACCGGGCCCAAGUGAAGGCCUUCGUGGACCUCACCCUCUCGCCCUCCGUGCGCCAGGGGGCUCAGCACCUGCUGCGGAUCUCAGGUCUUGGUGGCAUGAAGCCCAACACGCUGGUCCUGGGUUUCUACGAUGAUGCUGCACCCCAGGACCACUUCCUGACGGACCCAGCUUUCUCUGAGCCUGCGGAUGGCACCCAGGAGGGCGGGUCCCCAGCCCUGAGCACCCUGUUCCCUCCACCCCGGGCUCCAGGAAGCCCCCGGGCUCUCAGUCCCCAGGACUACGUAGCCACAGUGGCAGACGCCCUGAAGAUGAACAAGAAUGUGGUUCUGGCCCGGGCCUGUGGAGCCCUGCCCCCCGAGCGGCUAAGCCGGGGAUCUGGAGGCACCUCUCAGCUGCAUCACGUGGACGUGUGGCCCCUCAACCUGCUGCGGCCCCGGGGCGGGCCCGGCUAUGUGGAUGUCUGCGGCCUCUUCCUGCUGCAGAUGGCAACCAUCUUGGGCAUGGUGCCUGCUUGGCACAGUGCCCGCCUGCGGAUCUUCUUGUGCCUGGGGCCUCGCGAGGCGCCAGGGGCAGCUGAGGGGCGGCUGCGGGCAUUGCUGAGCCAGCUGAGGAUCCGGGCCCAGGUGCAGGAGGUGGUGUGGGGCGAGGGGUCUGCGUCGGCCCAGGAGCCUGAGGAGGAGGAAGGGGACUUCGUGAACGGCAGGCGGGGAGACGCCGAGGCAGAGGCCCUGGCAUGUAGCGCCAACGCCCUGGUUCGGGCCCAGCAGGGGCGCGGCGGAGGAGGGGGGCCUGGUGGCCCUGAGGGUGGGGAUGGUGAGGAGGGGCCCGCCACCGCCCUGACCUUCCUGUACCUGCCCCGGCCACCUGCUGACCCUGCUCGCUAUCCUCGCUACCUGGCACUGCUGGAAAUUCUGAGCCGCGAUCUGGGCCCCACGCUGCUCAUUCAUGGCGUCACCCCUGUCACUUGCACUGAUCUCUGA